AUGUCAACAUCAAUUGCACAAGUUCAAAGAAUUAUCACUUUAUAUGGUCUAUCGACUUUUCUUUUUUUUGGUACUCUUGGCAAUUUUCUUUUGUUUUGUGUACUUAUUCAACGUACACAUCGAAGAAAUUCAUGUUCACUUUAUUUACUUUCGAUUACAAUUGUUAAUUUUAUUCUUAUUCAAUGUACUGUACCAUUUACUGUCUAUUCACCAACUAUUGUUGAAUAA